ACAAAAACACGAGACGCCGUUUUACAAAACCACAACUUCUCCUUCACAUGUGCAUGUGUCUUGGAGGGAAUCUGAUCUGCAACUGUGAGUGAGCGCCGUUUCAUCACCGCCCAGCGAAGUUACUGCAGGGAGAGUCAAAUAUCUCAGAGCCACACUGACCGACGGGCGACCCCGCGAUAUAAAACAAGCACCACAGCUCUCCCCGGACAACAGUUUGAGAGCUAACGAGAAUAACGCAGGAGCUAAACCGCUAACCUGAAAUGGCGACGGCAAUAUAUCUGGAACAUUACCUUGACAGUAUUGAAAACCUACCAUGUGAGCUGCAGAGAAACUUCACUUUGAUGCGGGACCUGGACAAUAGGACUGAAGAAAAGAAAAGUGAGAUUGACAAACUGGCUGAAGAAUACAUUGCGAAGGUGAAGAACCUGGCCUCAGAACAGAGAGUGGAGCACCUGCAGAAGAUCCAAAAUGCCUACAGCAAGUGCAAAGAGUUCAGUGAUGAUAAAGUCCAGCUUGCAAUGCAGACAUAUGAAAUGGUGGACAAACAUAUCCGCAGACUGGACGCAGAUCUGGCGCGGUUUGAGAACGAGCUAAAGGAGAAACUGGAAGUGAGCGGCUAUGAAAGCACAGAUGGGAGAGGGAUGAAAAAGAGUGAAUCCCGGGGCCUGAAAGAGAAGCGUACAUCCAGAGGAAGAGGAAGGAAAGGUUCUGAUGAAGAUUCUCCCAAGAAGAAAAAGCUCAAAAACAGCCCAGACUUGAGUGACGCUCUCCUGCCCAUGCAACCAUCAGACGUUUUGGACAUGCCAGUCGAUCCCAAUGAGCCGACAUACUGCCUGUGCCAUCAGGUGUCAUAUGGAGAGAUGAUUGGAUGCGAUAACCCAGAUUGUCCGAUUGAGUGGUUUCACUUCGCUUGUGUUGAUCUUGCCUCAAAACCCAAAGGAAAAUGGUUUUGUCCGAGGUGCACCCAAGACAAGAAGAAGAAAUGAGAUUCCUUACUUUCAAAACUACUCCACUGAUAAUGUAUGUAGUUUUGGCAUAGUUUCUGAUGUUAUAUAUAUAUAUAUAUCAGUUCCUAUAACUCUCCAUAGAAAUGGUGGGUCAUACAGCUUUUUUCUUUUUUUUUUCCCAGGCCUAAUCCAGAUUCCGAGUAUAGCUACCCUCAUAGCACCGUUAUCUCGCUGUAUUAGUGUUACUGUCUGUGUCAUUGGAUUUAUAACAGCUGUCCUUGUCCAGUAGCUUUAAAAUAAUCAUUUCACCUGUAUAUUAUCCGUGCACUUGAGGUAAAUUAGUCCAGGCAGUGGAGUUGAACGUUGCACAAAUUAUUACCAAUAAGAAAGUCCCUCCUCUUAAGUCAUAUAAUGUAUAUAUUGUCAUUACUAACGUACUCAGAAAUCCUGGAUUGUGGCUUUAGCAUACUUGAAAUAUCGAUUUUAUAAAGAUCUAUUUUUAAACAGAUUAACAACCUGCUGAGAAUUAACCAUUUUAAACACCUUUUAAUCCUUACCAGAUUUUGGUGGUGAAAGGAAUUAUGUGUCAGAUUUUCAGUUACCUACCUCCUGAGGGAAAACAUCAGCACUGCAUGAACGACUGCAAUUAAUACCAGUGUAAAAAGUUACGUUUUGAUGAUCUUAAACCAAACAAGCAAAGCAAUGUAAAACCAUUCUUUAUUGAUUUUAAGAAAAAAAAUGGCGACAAUUUUGAAUGUAUUGUGGUACUAAUGGUCAGUCAGUCAGUGUCUUUUUAUCAGCUAAAUGAGGUAUUUAAGCACUUUGAAUGAAAUUUUCCCCUGAAGAGGUUUUAUCCUGCAGCCUUGGUUUUAAGAUAUAGUUUAUCUCAUUUAAACCUUUGCCGUAGUGCAUCAUGUCAAACCAUAAUGAAAAAAAAAAAUAUAUAUAUAUAUACGUAUGUUUUGUAUGAUAUGAAACAAUAUUUUGUGGACAGUUUUUUUCCAAAGAUAUAUUUGUUGUAUUGCCUACUUAUUGGUGUAAACUCAAAUUUUAUUUAAUAGGAUUUUAAGCGUCUUCUUUCAUAUUCAACUGUGAAUAUCACUCUCUUAGGUGUAAGCCACAAAUAAAAGAGCCAAAGUCUUGUAUUUUGUAAAAUUCAGUAUUUUAUAACAAAUAAAUAUUCACUAUUA